AUGUAACACUAAGCUUAAAAAUGGUCAUGCUGAAAACGAUAUUCUUAAAUUGUUGAAAUUGAUUUUAAUAGUUAGAAAACUGAGACAAAUGCGAUCUCAAGUUGUGAUCCAGAAAAUGCAACUUUUACGAGUUGUAAGAAACAUCCAACGAUGAGUGCAAGUUUAUUUUUACAGCAUAUUUUUUUGCUCACGCUAUUGAAAUGAUUAAAACUGAAAAGUUCUGGUUUUCUUAAUGUAUUAUUCUUUCCUAAAUGUCAUUGAAUUCACAGUUUUAAAUUAAGUUAAGCCCAAAAUUAUCCACAACUGGUAGAAUUAAAUUUCAUAUUGUUUUCUUUCCACCAACAAGUGCAUUUCUGAUGUGAAAUAAGACGAGUAUGUCUCAAAAGGCAAUAAAACAAUGUAAAGGGAGUAUCGGUUUUGAAAAAAACAAAACAAACAAUGUUUACAUUUUAAUUAAAACAAUUACAUGUCGAAAAUUAUUUACGAUUUCCAUAAUCAAUGAAAAAUUUUCAUUGGCAUUACAAGUAAUUAGUACUUCCUGUUACUUCUUAUUACUGCUGGCCACCACAUCCUCUUCCCACAGGUUCAAAUUCCAGUUCAAGUUUGAACUUUGACUGGGCCAUUCCAAAAUGUUAAUACAACCUCAAGUUCAAAAUCUUAUUUGGAACUUAUCUACCAAUUUCUGCCAUACACAUGCAUGUGUAUUGAUGCUGACAUGUAAUUUCUAUGUCACUGUUUGUUUUAGGUAAUACUUACUGGAGAAAUUAUUAUUCCACCAGUAUUUGAUGAACUGUGUCAGAACCGCUAUUGUUAUACUAAAUGAUUUGCAGAUUUCACUUAUCGGACAUAGUCUGGAUAUUUUUUAUGUGUUAAAAUAUUGUGCAAAGAGAAUAAAAGCUUCGAAAUGGGAGAACAGAGAGUGAAAUUCACCUUCUAUGUCUUUAUCUGUCCUUUUUAGACCAUUUUAGACCGCGCAUUGAUGCAAAAACGUUCACCUAAACAGCAUGGGUUGACUAAAACCGUAAUUAAUAUAAAUAACAGUCUCAAAAUACUUUAAGUUCAUAUGAAUCUUUUGUAAAUUUAUUAAAAAACAGAAACACCAACUGCUGUCAGAGGCAUUAAAUAUUUUUUAGACGGGGAUGGGGAGGGCGUUGUUGCCACAGCAACAAAAUGAGCAAAAAGGCUCGCGAGAGAAAAGGCGCACUGAAUAUUCGGAUUUUGACCACAAAUAAAAACUUUCUUCGAAAUAACAUAACUGGUUUAAGAGGCGUGUGGAAAAGUUUAAAGUUAUUUUCAUUCAGGAGAUAAGACUGAAGUAGGUAUUCUGUGACUUGUUGCUACAGGGGUCAGAAAGUGAUUGUCUUUUCUUUUUAACUCAAAACUUGGACGUCCUGAACACGCCGCAAACCUCCUAGCUGAACAUCAGAAACAUCCCAACUAAUGGCAGCCGCCCUUGAGGAUCCAAGAGGAGCCUUAGGUUUCAGGGACCCUGGCAGCAAUAUUGAUGAAGAGGAGGAAGAUGACACAGCAGCAGUUUUAUUGAGUGUUUUAGUGCAGCGGGGACAGUUGGGCCUUUGUUUCUACGACAGUGGAGACUCGUCUUUACAUUAUAUGGUGGAUUCUCCUGAUAACUAUGAGCUCCACCUGUUAUCCAGAGUCAUUCAGGAGGUCAGGCCCCAUGUAAUCCUAACCAGUGCAAAGCAGGAACGCUGCUUGACCCAAUAUUUGAAGCAACUUGGUUCUGACCCACACUAUAAACCCGAGGUGGUUACUUAUCCAUAUGUUGACUUUGGUCUGGAGGUCGGUAAGCAGAGGCUUCUUUCCGCUCAUCUGCCUUUCCUCCCAGCUUGCAUUUCAGAGAGGGACAAAAUGUCUUAUCUUUCCUCCUGUAUCACCUUUGACUCACCCUUGAUGCUUAGGGCAGUGGGAGCUCUCCUGAAAUGUCUGGACAGGAGGAGAGUGGGAGUAGAACUGGAAGACAGCGCUGUUGGAGUCCCAAUCCUGCAGUUUCAUGCCUACACACUUAAAGAAGUGGUUUACAUUGACCGGGACACCUACAGUGUACUUCAGAUCUUUAAGUCGGAUCUGCACCCAUCAGUCUACAAACUGCAGUCAGGUGAAAAGGAAGGACUAAGUCUCUAUGGAAUAUUGAACCGAUGUAAGAGCAAAUUUGGAUCCAAAUUGCUACGUCAGUGGUUUCUUCGACCUACACGAGACCUUGCAGUGCUAUACAGAAGACAGGAAGUGAUCCGUUUCUUUACUUCGCCUCGAAACUCGGACGUCCUGAACACCCUGCAGGCCUCGUUACGGAACAUCAGAAACAUACCAGUAACUAACUUUGGAUCUGUCCACUUUAAAUGCCUCUCGGGUGUUCUGCGUCGCAUGACUCUCUCCAGCACCAAAGUCACUGACUGGCAGUCUCUCUACAAGACGGUAUUCAGUGCAGUGUGCAUCAGGGACUCAAUGCGGCACCUCCCUCAAUCUAUUCAGCUGUUUCGGGAGAUCAGUGAGAAACUCUCUGAGGAUCUUCACUAUGUCGCCGCUCUCAUAAACAGAGUUGUGGAUUUUGAUGCCAGCUUAGAAGAGAACCGCUUCACUGUCAAACCCAACGUUGAUCCUGCCAUUGAUGAGAAGAAAAGGAGGAUGAUGGGGCUGUCUGACUUCCUGACUGACGUUGCCAGAAGAGAGCUUGAACAUCUGGACUCUCGAAUUUCCUCCUGCUGUGUCAUUUACCUCCCCCUGAUUGGAUUUCUGCUCUCUGUGCCUCGACUACCCAGCAUGGUGGAAAAAGAGGAUUUUGAAAUGGAGGGUCUUGAGUUCAUGUUCCUCUCAGACGACCGGCUGCACUACCGUAGUCAAAGAACCAGAGAGCUGGACAGCCUCCUGGGAGACCUGCACUGUGACAUUAGAGACAUGGAGACUGCAGUGAUGACACAGUUGCAGAGUGCCGUCCUGGAAAAGAGCAAUUCUCUGUAUCAGGUUCUGGAUCUCCUGGCUGAGCUGGACUGCCUAAUGGCGAUGAGCAGUGCCUCCCAGGAGUACAGCUACUCCUCACCCAAGCUUGCCAGACAUAGAACAAUAGCAAUAACUCAGGGAAGACACCCGCUGCUGGAGCUGUGUUCUCCGGUGUUUGUGGCCAACUCCUUCCAGAGCUCUGAAUCAGAGGGCAGAAUCAAGGUCAUCACUGGUCCAAACUCAUCUGGCAAGAGCAUCUUCCUGAAACAGGUGGGUCUGAUUGUGUUCAUGGCUCUGAUUGGCUCAGACGUGCCGGCUAAAGAGGCAGAGGUAGGUCUGGUGGACGGGAUCUUCACUCGCAUGCAGAGCAGAGAGUCUGUGUCUGUGGGCCUCAGCACCUUUAUGAUAGAUCUCAACCAGAUGGCCCUGGCUCUUAACAGCAGUACUGGCAGCUCAUUGGUGCUCAUCGAUGAGUUUGGAAAGGGCACCAACACAGUUGAUGGACUGUCUCUACUCGCUGCAUCUGUCUCUUUUUGGCUGAAAAAGCCUCCGGUGGAUGUUCCUCACGUCCUGUUGGCUACAAACUUCCACAGUCUGAUGCAGUUAGGCCUGCUACCAACCACUGGCAUGCUGUCUUUUCUGACUUUAGAAACAGCCGUAGACAGAGAUGAGUUGGUGUUUUUGUACCAGCUGAAGGAAGGGAUUUGCCAAUCCAGUUACGCUGCCAACAUUGCUGCACUGGCAGGCCUGCCAACAUGCCUUGUACACAGAGCCAUGGAGGCAUCUGAACAUUACCGAACAGGAAAACCCAUCAAACGCAUUGACAAAGCAUCAUCAGACGAGCAGGCCAAGAGAUGCCAAUCUGUGGUGCAGAAGUUUUUGAGUCUUGACCUGGAGGACAAAGAUGUGGAUCUGCAGAGCUUCAUGAAAGAUGAGCUUCUGCCCUCUGCUGGAGAGCUCCUGAACCGCAGCUAGGCUCUAGAAGUGCUGCAAACACCUUUCUGCGUUUCUCUGCUCCGUGUUCAGUGAGAAAAUGUUUGGUGUUUGCUUUUCUUGGGAAAAACAGAGAAUCACCUCCAAACACGGUGGAUGUUUACAGAGUUUUAUGUUAAUAACAAUAUUGAUGUAAAAAAAAAAACAGUUCAAGCACAUUGUUUAUUUUGUGAAGGAAUUACUGUAUAAAUGGUACAUGGUUUGUGUUACAUAUAUCUAGUGUUUACUUAUUGAUUACUCAGUAAAAACAUUUUGCAAA